GCGAGCGCUGCACUGACAGUCCCGGGACUUUGUUGAUGUUAUGCAAUUUAAUUAAAAGCACUAAUCCCACAUCGCCAUUCCAAAGCUGCAAACGAAACUAAUAACAUAACGUUUUGUAAGUAGCGUGGCUAUAAUAACAACAAUAUCACAGCGAUUAUAUCCUUAAACCGUAGAACAAAAACAAACAUUGCACCUAUGCAUUUAUCCUAAAGGUUGUAAUCAUGUAAUAGGCCUUCAUAUACGUUUGUGUCGCCAAACGUUCUUAACUCAUCCGGUUGGGUAACACAUACAUAGCGGUGCAUUACAGAUCAACAUUUAAAAACAAAGAUAGCCACUAUAUCCCAAAUCUAUUGUAUUCCCAUUGAAGACGCUGAUAGUGGAGGAGCUCGACUGCAGGCUGCUUUGGACAAGACCUCUGCUGCUCCCUUGUGGCCACAAUCUGUCGGUUCACGUCCGCAACGCGACGAAACCAUCAACAGAAGCCGAUGGUUUGAGGAGUUCACCAAGAUGUUACCCUAUCUACUCCGUUUCUGAUCAAAUAAUAAUAUUCUGCAUUAACUCCACCUUGGUGAUGUUAUUUUUUUGUUGCGUAGUUGUCAAGUUGUAUAGUUUUAAUAUAGUUUAUUCUCUUCAUGUGUCAAGGCAUAACAAUGAAAACAUGUGUCAUGCUACAGCCACAAGAGGGAGCUAUUGCAAAAGCCCAAAUGUUCCAGACUCCAUGCGCGAUGCGCUCACAGUGUUCGUUUACAAUGGACUGCUGCGUAAGAUUAGGACCUGCACGGUGGAGCUGGAAGGAGAUCAUCCUGUCUGUCCUGCCUGGAAUCAUGUCCUAACCGUGUGGACCCACCUCGCCAAAUACCUGUAGUCCUCCAACUCUGGCGGACUUCAGGAUUUCUUGUUUUAUCUCAGGCCAUUUGGAAUUACAGGUAUUAAAAAAUAACCGCAUGUGAAGCAAUUGGUCUACGAUCAAUGAUGGACGUAAACUUGGAUAAAACCUCGCUGGGUGCACGAUGCUGGCUUUUGUUUCAAGUUCAUGCCAUCCCUGUUCGUGUCUGAAGUACAAGGAGAAUGGGACUCUCGUCAUCCCACGAUAACGUCUGGAUGUAUUUACUCCCCUAUGCGACCUUGGGACUUCAUUCUGUAACCUUUUUGCUGAGAGGAGACCAACUUCUAGGAAGUAUUGAAAUGCAAGCCAUCUAACACGAGCAACACACACGCCCAAACAGACUCCUGCGGAGGACCAUGCUCCUCCAUGCAGACCGCCAGAAGUGUUGCGCUCCUUGUUACCCACGGCUACGAAGCAGACACAACUUCCUAACGUUGUUUUUUGAGCCCAUGAAAGAAUGAGAGUCAGAGAUCACAAGAGGGGCCAAGGAAGUUGACAUCUGUUGGUUUGGACGUAGUAACAUAUCAGCAAGUAUUUCUAACAGGCAACGCGGGUCUUGGAUACAAGUUUCCUUGUUUCACUACCCCCCCCCCCCUCGAUGCGACAACCCGCAGAGUAUGGGGUGUGUCAAAUCCAAGCGGAGUGAAUCGUCCGAGGAGAAGGCCAACUCGGCAGAGCAGUCCGACGGUGAGGCCAAGGGGCGGUCGCGGGGGGAGAAGGCCUACCUCGUGCACUCUGAGACGGGCUGCGACGCGGACCCCGAGUCCCCCACGGCCAGGGUCAACCCGGUAGUGCUGGAGUACGCCCAGAGGCUGUCUGAGGAAAUUGUGUCGCGGGCAGUGCAGCAGUGGGCCGACAUAGAUAGCCGCUACAGCGACAUCCCCUACAUCGAGUGUGACGUCCCGUGACAGCGUGGGCUGGAGGACGGGAGUUCCCCCAUCAGCAGCUGCUGCUGCUGCUGCUGCUGCUACAACUGGCUGAGGUCCAUCAGAUGUCACCAGUUACCCAGCUGAAUCCCGCUCUUUCUCGACCGGGACAUGGGUGGCCAGAUUCACGUGAGGUUUAACACCUGGAUUAAAUCUGAACCCUGCCAGACCCACCGUAGUAUUUGUUUGUCGUCAUACUAUUGGAUAUUAGAAUAACUUCCGGAUGUCCCCAUACUGCCUUGCCAUGGUGCUCACAUGACACUUUUUGGGAGGGAAUCUUGAGAUGCGGCAAAGUCUACCUGCUGGGAAUGUGGGUGUACAUGUGUGUAAAACGGCAGAGGCAGUACACACAAAUCUAUGAACUUCUGGCCUCGCCAGUCGAAUCUGGCUGAAGCAGACCCUCUAUAGCCGGAUAUUACCUUCACUAGGAUCCCUUCCAUCUACUAACCCCUGUGUGGGGAUUAAGAGUGCCAAGAUUUCUAUGUACGGUAGUUGCCAUCGAUUGCUUAGUUCGACCCCCAACAUGAGGUCUACUGUUGGCCAUUGGCAAUCGCCAUGGGGCCAAAUCUCUCUCCUCUUACCGGGAGACUCGCUAAAAGGGGAGAGCAAAUGUUCGGGUCACAAGUCCUUUGGGCUGGGGAGAGAAACAAGGACCAGACACUCACCUCCCCACCGGCUCAGCAUCCGGCUGGCUUGAGAGACACUUUGUGGGGGCAGGCUAAUGGCCUCCCUGGAGAUGUUGUGGUGUUGCCACAUCAAGGCGCAGCCUUAGUUCCAGCCCCUGCCUAGUGCACUCCUAAGAAAGACCCCAGCAGCACAGAUCAUCCGUCCGGUCUAACCCCAUCCCAACAUGGAGCUCAAAGUAGGUCACUUAGUGGUGGUGCAGGGACUUUGGUGUAGCGCUACACCUGCAGGAACUGAACUUGAGUUUAUGCUGUGUGCGGUUGACAGUCCUGCCGUCACCUCUCAUACACAGAGCAAAAAAAAUUGUUGGCUUCUUA